AGUGUUUUUAGGAGGCCGUUUCGGGAGGGGCGGCUUGUCCGGGGUGGGCCCAGGGUCGGUGAGGCCUGAGCUCAGUCAGCCUUUUGGGGUGGGAGGGAGGAUUGAGGGCUGGGUCACUUUAAGAAAAAGAUUUCAAAAUUCCGAAGCAAAAUUGAUAGGAAGCCUCCCCCGGCCUGGCCCCGAAUCUUGAGAACCGCGGCAUAUCCGGCUCCAGGGGCCUGCGGCGGGCUCUCCGGAUCCCCGAGCGCUGCCUUUAGGAGCACUGGGGGACUUCCGGAGACCCUCCUCCCCCGCGGCGGGCUCCUUUGUCUUCUAGAUUUUUCGUGGCGAGAUGAACGCUGGGCCAGCGGAUCGCAGGAAGGCACGUUAGGUGUAAACGAAGGCGUUCAGUGCACCGUUUCUGGAGACCCGUGUUGUCGAUUAUAAUGGCGUUUGCCUGGGAUGCGCCACCUUUGGUGGGGGUCAGACAGCGAAUUGUCCUGUCACCUCUCUGGCCACUUACAGAAAUACUUCCCUGUACGUACUCAGUGUUCUGGAAGAUUACUUUGCACAGUGCUAUUUGCACGAAGAACUUUGUCAAGCAAGUUGGAGAUGGAGGGAGAUUAGUUCCAGUUCCAAGCCUCAGUGAAGCUGACAAAUACCAACCUCUAAGUCUGGUCGUAAAAAAGAAGCGAUGCUUUCUGUUUCCUAGAUAUAAAUUUACCUCAACACCUUUUACACUGAAAGAUAUUCUCCUAGGAGACAGAGAAAUUUCAGCUGGUAUUUCAUCCUAUCAAUUACUGAAUUAUGAAGAUGAAUCAGAUGUUUCACUCUACGGAAGGCGAGGCAAUCAUAUUGUAAAUGAUGUUGGGAUUAACAUUACUGGAUCAGAUUCCAUUGCAGUAAAAGCAUCAUUUGGUGUAGUAACCAAACAUGAAGUGGAGGUAUCAACAUUACUCAAAGAAAUUUCUACACGAAAAAUUAACUUUGACCACAGCUUGGUACGUCAGUCAAGGAGCAGCAGAAAGGCAGUAUUGUGUGUGGUCAUGGAGAGCAUUCGAACCACACGACAGUGUUCACUGUCUGUGCACGCUGGAAUUCGUGGGGAAGCAAUGCGGUUUCAUUUUAUGGAUGAACAGAAUCCCAGGGGAAGGGACAAAGCUAUUGUUUUUCCAGCACACACAACCAUAGCUUUCAGUGUUUUUGAACUUUUCAUUUACCUGGAUGGUGCCUUUGACCUUUGUGUCACUUCAGUGUCAAAAGGAGGAUUUGAAAAGGAAGAAACGGCAACAUUUGCACUGUUCUACAGAUUGAGAAAUAUUCUAUUUGAAAGAAAUAGAAGAGUGAUGGAUGCCAUUUCUCGUUCCCAGCUUUACUUGGAUGAUCUUUUUUCUGACUACUAUGACAAACCCCUCAGCAUGACUGAUAUUUCACUCAAAGAAGGGACUCAUAUCCGAGUUAACUUACUUAAUCACAACAUUCCAAAAGGGCCUUGCAUACUCUGUGGAAUGGGGAACUUUAAAAGGGAAACGGUUUAUGGGUGCUUUCAGUGUUCUGUCGAUGGACAGAAGUAUGUGAGACUUCAUGCUGUUCCUUGUUUUGAUAUCUGGCACAAGAGAAUGAAAUAAAAGGAAAAAAAUGAACAUA